CAUCCAUUGCCUGUUAGCACAACCGCGUUUCCACAUCGGUCAAUAAAGUGAUAGCAACGUGCCCUCUCAACCAUGGCCUCCGUCGAACUCAAAGCAAAUAAACGACUCUCAGAGGAGAUGAAGACAGAGUCUCCCACCAAAAAGACAGCGACCAUGGCCUCCGACGCACCCAAAGCAAAGAAGGGAAGAUUCUCAGAGGAGAAGAAGACAGAGUCUCCAAGCAAAAAGACAGAGUCUCCAAACAAAGAGACAGAGACUCCGACCAAAGAGACAGAGUCUCCAAGCAAAAAGACAGAGACUCCGACCAAAGAGACUGAGUCUCCAAGCAAAAAGACUACUGACAAACUAAGCCCUAAUACACUCUUUGGGAUGGGAAACCCCUUACUGGACAUCUCUGCUGUGGUGGACAAAGACUUUCUGGACAAGUACACUCUGAAACCCAAUGACCAGAUCCUGGCAGAGGACAAACACAAAGAACUAUUUGAAGAGAUAGUGAAGAAGUCCAAAGUGGAGUACCACGCUGGAGGAGCCACACAGAACUCAAUUAAGAUCGCUCAGUGGAUGGUCCAGGAACCCCAUAAGGUCGGCACGUUCUUUGGCUGCAUUGGUAAAGACGACAAGUUUGGAGGGAUCCUGAAGCAGAAGGCUGAGGAGGCUCACAUCGACGCCCACUACUACGAGCAGGAGGAAAAGCCCACAGGGACCUGUGCUGCCUGCAUCACCGGAGACAACAGGUCUCUGGUAGCUAACCUAUCUGCUGCUGAGUGUUAUAAGAAGGACAAGCAUUUAGACCUGGAGGAAAACUGGGAGCUGGUGGAAAAAGCUAAAGUCUACUAUAUUGCAGGUUUCUUCCUCACUGUCUCUUUGGAGUCCAUCCUGAAAGUGGCAAAGCACGCGUCUGACAACAACAAACUGUUUUGCCUGAACCUCUCCGCACCCUUCAUCUGCCAGUUCUUCAAGGAUAACCUCAUGCAGGUUAUGCCCUACGUCGACGUGCUGUUUGGCAAUGAGACAGAGGCAGCAGCGUUCGCUAAAGAGCUUGACUUUGAGACCAAGGACAUCAAGGAAAUUGCCAAGAAAGCCCAGGCUUUGACCAAAGUCAACAAAAAGAGGGAGAGGAUCGUAGUGUUGACUCAGGGGAAGGAUAAAACUGCUAUGGCCAGUGAGAAGGUCGAGACAUUCCCUGUACUGAAGAUUGACCCGAAGGACAUUGUGGACACAAACGGUGCAGGUGAUGCCUUUGUAGGAGGUUUCCUGUCUGGGUUAGUCCAGGAGAAACCUCUGGAUCAGUGUGUGAAGGCGGCACACUACGCUGCUAACGUCAUCAUCAGACGAGCAGGGUGCACCUUCCCAGAAAAACCCGACUUCAAAUGAGGAGUCCCGGAUCCUUCAGUCCUUCAGCCUGAACUCACACACCCACCCAUAACUCUGACUCAUUUUUUCCACUAUUUUCUACAAAUACUUCCCCAAAUUCUUGUAGCCACAUUUCUUCCAAAUUUCUUUGGACAUUUCUUUCCAUCCAUGUUAUUCAAAUAAAUCUUCCGCACAUAAUUUCAUCUGCACAAAUAUUUAGUUGGGUGCCUCCUGGCGUGUGCCUGUCCCUGUUCUCCACUUGGGGCCGCUAGAGGAUCACGCAGCCAGGAGCCAAUGGAUAAUUGUUUUUUUAGAUAAAUCACCUUUUAAGGAAUCAUGAAAAUAUCACAUAAUGUGAUAAUUUUAUUUUAAACAAAGGAACUUUCAUGGACAUUGUUUAAUUUUCCCCCAAACAUUUUUGGAUCAAACACUGCAAACGUCUGUACGCCAAUCACACUGCCAUCCACAGUGGGAGGACACUCUAUACACAAACAGGACUAAUGAAUCUAAAUCUGUCAAUGGAAGUUUGUAUACUACAUUGAAAUGUGCAGUAGUGACUUAUUUAAGAUGAAAUAUUCCUGAUUAUGAGUUUGUUCUUGUUUUAAGAUUUAAUUUAACAGGCCAGUAAUGAAACCAAAUGUUUUUAUUUUGAAAUGUGUCAAAGCCUCUGCCCACUAUGACCUGUGAUGACUGUUAAAUAUCAGCUUGAUUGCGUACAUUUUGUUCAGAAGGUACCUUCAACAUCAAACUGUGGAAGUUUUUUGGGCAGGUGCUUCUUGUAAUGAGUGCCUUUUUCCCUUCCUUUCUCUGCAUGUGUUACAAAGUGUUCAGAGGCCUAUAGAUGUUCUGUUAAUCCACAUUUCUCUACACAGGGAAACUUUAAAACUAGACCAGUGAUGGGAGCUAUACAGUGGCUUUUCACCCCUCAAUACUUCAAUUUCUCCCCGAGUUAGUGGCCUGUGUUCUUUCUGGGUGUCUGUUGAUCUCUAGCUAAAUCAUAGCUUACUAAACUUUAAUACUGUCCAUUUUUAUUUUUAUUAUUUACAAUUAUUCAGAUUUUGACAUUUUUGUCACUGCAACUGGCAAUUAAAGAUGGAAAAUAAGUAAGGGAAACAAAUCUGACACAUCAGCCAAAUUCAGGCUCGGGCUACUCUUGUGAUAUUGGGACAAAACAUUUCAAUAUUGUUUAAACCUAAGUUUGUGGUAUGUGCAGCACUGAAUCCUUGAAUUCAAGUAUAGGUCAUGAUCUUAAAAUGUGAUGAGGAAGAAGUAUGUUUUCUGAAUACUACAGGAGUUGUUUUGAAACUUCAUCUUAUCUUUUAGUGUUGUCUCUUUGCCUCUCUUAAAAUACAGACUUUUUUUUAUACCGGUAAACCAGAAAGCCUUAUGUGACCAUUUAUUCCUGAUCUCAAUUGUACUCAAGUUGCCCAUCUCUGUGCUUGACAUUUACAAAUUAAACAUACAACAAUAAUUUGUUUGCCUAUUGA